AUCUUACGGGACAUGGCAGGUAGGUUAUGGCCAUUGUCCUGGCCUGGCGUCGGCUGAACACUUAGGUGAGUCUCAGGUAAGCCGUGACGUCAUUCUGAUACUUUUGACCUCCUUGGCAGUAAAUCCAUAAAGGUGUGUAUCCUCACCGCUCAGGUGCAGUUAUAGCCCCGGACCUCCGACUAAAGCCUGCUGGAUACAAACACAGCAGCCGAACAUGCGCCUCGAGGCCUGAUUCACCUGAGAACCCGACCCCCUCCUGUCGAGCGAGGACUCCGGCAUGUACCCCAACUCCCAGCCGGUGAGGCACCCGGCUCAGACGCUGUCCCUGCACAGCCAGUACCUUCCGCCUGCUUAUGAUUUUCCAGGCUACCACCACGCCGUUUCGGGGAUCGCCGACCCGUCGACGACCACCUGGAACCCCGUUUACACCCCGCGGGAGGAAUACCCGUUCAGCUUCCCCAGCCCCAGCGCGGGGCAGUCGAACUACAUCUCCCCGGAAUUCAACAACGUCCCCUCAGCCGCCGGAGGAGGGGGGUCUCUCACCCCUUACAUCUCCCAGGACCCCUUCAUCUCCAGGAGGAGACCACCCGAGCCCAUCAGACAGCCAUUUUCAGUUGGAAAGACUCGGACAAAGGACAAGUACAGGGUGGUGUACACAGACCACCAGCGGCUGGAGCUGGAGAAGGAGUUUCAGAGCACCCGCUACAUCACCAUGAGGAGGAAGUCCGACUUGUCAAUGGCUCUAGGACUCUCCGAGAGGCAGGUGAAGAUCUGGUUUCAAAACAGACGCGCAAAAGAAAGAAAGAUCAACAGGAAGAAGCUGCAACAUUCCCAGCAAGCCUCCACAACGACUCCCACCCCACCUGUUCUCAGUGGCCUCACUGAAGCCCAUGUUACCUCCAGCCCCGGCGUGAGCGCCAGCAUGCUGUCGGACAUAAAAACAGAGGAGUACUAGCUGGAUUCCUGAUCCGCGACAGAGAGCGUAUCCGGAAUGUAAAUAGUAUUUUUGUUUUUUUAUUGAGUUCAACACAGAGUGAUUAAUCGUUCAUGUCACUGAUGCCUCAAAUCCAUUUUUUUUUUUUUUUACAGUGUGAAGCUACAUUGUAGAACCUUAAAAAUCAUUCACAUUUUUGUACAAGUAUGGACUAUUAUUAGAUCAACACAUAUCUGUCGUCAAUUUUAGAGUCUAUAAUGCUGUGAAAAUUUUUUUUUGUGCCCUUACAGUUUUUUGCUGGGUUUCUAUUUGUUUUUCUUACCGGAUAAUCAAACACGUUUCAAUUUCAGACAAAGGUAACCCGAGUUAGGAUAAGCAUUUAUUUCAUUUUUUUUUUCAAAUCAUGACUUUAUUUGUAAAGGGGGAAAAACUAUGCAAAACAACCUGCCCUUAUGUGAGAAACAUGACCCAAUAUGUUUGACCUCUGAGGAGAUUUAAAACAGAUAACAAAGUUAUUGAUAUCCAUCAAGUGUUAUCAUGUAUAAAGUAUUUUUUAAAUUUUGUGACUCCAUCAAACCACAGUGAGUGCCUGCAACGCCUCAUCCAGAUUGUCAAAAAAAAAAAAAAAAAAAAACACAGAACAACAGUUUAGCCACAGCAGACCAAACGGCACUAGAUCAGGUUAGAGUCCAGGAUUCAAAAAUAAUAAUAAUAAAACAAAAAUGUCUGCGGAUAAAUUUCAGCAAUGGGAGACUUCUAAGACAAAAACCUAACAACUGCUGACUUAAAAGUGAACUUUUUAAAAAUGAACGUCCCAAUACACCUUGCUCAAAAUUUACAUACCGUUUAAGAAAGUAUUAGAAUAACAGCGGUGGUAGUGUGAUGAUCUGGGUUUCCUUUGUAGCUUCAGGAUUUGCUGCAAUUGAUUGAAAAAGGAGUCAUUAUCUCUGCCAAAAAUCAUGAACUAUUGAAAAAUAGUUUUGGUUCUUAAGUACAAAUGCAGUUGGAUUUUGAAGUGCCAAAAUAAUCUAAUGCACACUUGCAACCCACCUCUGAAUGAUUCAAUAAAUAAAUGAAUAAAGACUUAAUAAAAAUGAAGCUUUAGUCUAGAGGGUUAAAUCCAAAUGAUACAUGCUUGCUCAUGUUUGAACAAUAUGACUAAAAUACAAAAAAAAAUUCUGCACUAAAAAGUUGCACUUGUUGCCACUUAUCAAACACGUGUGGUAGCAGUUGCUGUCACCAAUACGUUCGGUCUAUUGGUCUGAUGAUUUGAAAAGUUUUCUUUUUUUCCUUGACAAAUGUAUUUAUAAUUUUAAUAUUUUAAUAUACUGUAUCUGGUUAUCUUUGGCUGAUGAUCUGACACAUUUAAGUGCAACAAGAAAGCAAAAUUAGUGCAAUUUUGCACUAUAAAAUAUGUUGUUCCAUCACUGCGAUGUGCUUCUCAGUCGAAACACUAAAACAACAUUUUCACAUGUUCUGUGUGAAGGAACAAAAAAUAAUGAAGUUUGUUGGUUUAAGCUUGGUCUAAAUGUAUGCUGCAUUAAAAAGUGCCUUGUGGUCGUUUUUUUAAAAUCUGACUUAUGGAAACUGCUUACUGCUUCUUGCAUGGGGAUGCAACUGAAGUACAAAAAUAACUAACUUAGACUUUUAGAGAAGUAAUGCUUGGUUUAAAGGAAACCGAAAGAACAGAGCAGAAGGGAACCUGAGGAAAGAAGAAAAAAGAAGUUGAAGUUGGCAGCUGUGAAGAAACAUUUUAAGUUUCCUAUAUUGUUAGCUCGAGGCGCAGCAGAGAUUAAUUGAUAUGAAAAUUGUUAUAUUCAAUAAAUCAAUUUAUAUUAAGUCCUUUUAGCCAACGUAGCCAAAUGCUCUAAGGAAGCGAGGGUGUAGCUUAUAAAACAUUAGCCCAAGGAAUGAGAAAUUCAGAUGAGAGUUUAGCCACAUCCUGACAGACUGACUGCUCAACCACAUGCCAUGUGACACGCAGUCUUUGGAGCUCUAAACACAGACACUGAGCUGUGCCACAAAUUUGAAUUUUUAAAAUAAAUAAUGUACUGUAGGCCUCAAAAAUAAACUUUAUGCAUUAAAGUGUACGUUCAUGAAAGUUUAACUUGAGUUUGAGUCGUCUAUUUUUUGACAAAAGAGGAAGAGCAAGUGUAAAGGUAAGCCAUGCACCGACCACAGGCAUGCCUUAUUUAUGGAAAUACAAAUCAUACCUUCAUUCAUGCGAUAUGGACCCAUUGUGUAAGUCUAAAAAUACUAACCUCAAAAUGUUUAAUUUUAGGAUAGACCAUGCUAACAUGGUUGGAUAGAAAUAAGUUAUUAUGCCCCAACAUAAUAGCAGAACAACACAGAAGCUGACAUUCACUCUGCCUCAUUUUUAUGUGACGUUUCUGUAAAAUAAAGUUUGAGACUUGCAAAAAAAAAAAAAAA